UAUACUUAUUUUAAAUAAUCACAGUUCACAGAAGAGAAGCUUGGCCAAGCAGAGAAGACGGAAUUGGAUGCUCACUUGGAAAACCUUCUUAGCAAAGCCGAAUGUACCAAAAUAUGGACAGAAAAGAUAAUGAAACAGACUGAAGUGCUUUUGCAGCCAAAUCCAAAUGCCAGGAUAGAAGAAUUUGUUUAUGAGAAACUGGAUAGAAAAGCCCCGAGUCGUGUAAACAACCCGGAGCUUCUGGGACAGUAUAUGAUCGAUGCCGGGACCGAGUUCGGCCCAGGGACAGCUUAUGGUAAUGCCCUUAUUAAAUGUGGAGAAACACAGAAACGAAUCGGAACAGCUGACAGAGAGCUGAUUCAAACAUCAGCCUUAAAUUUCCUCACUCCUUUAAGAAACUUUAUAGAAGGGGAUUACAAAACAAUCGCAAAAGAAAGAAAACUGUUACAGAAUAAGAGACUGGAUUUGGAUGCUGCAAAAACGAGACUUAAAAAGGCAAAAGCUGCAGAAACUAAAAGUUCAUCUGAACAGGAAUUACGAAUAACUCAAAGUGAAUUUGAUCGUCAAGCAGAGAUUACCCGACUUCUGCUAGAGGGAAUCAGCAGUACACACGCCCAUCAUCUCCGCUGUCUGAAUGACUUCGUAGAAGCCCAGAUGACUUACUAUGCACAGUGUUACCAGUACAUGUUAGACCUCCAGAAACAACUGGGAAGUUUUCCAUCCAAUUAUCUUUCUAACAACAAUCAGUCUUCUGGGACACCUGUGCCAUCUGCUUUAUCAAAUGCGAUUGGUCCUUCUGCUAUGGCUUCAACCGGUAGCCUAGUAAUCCCUUCUUCCAACCUCAAUGACCUUAAAGAAUCAAGUGGGAGCAGGAAGGCCAGGGUGCUCUAUGAUUAUGACGCUGCAAACAGUACUGAGCUGUCACUUCUGGCAGAUGAGGUAAUCACUGUGUUCAGUGUCGUUGGAAUGGAUUCAGACUGGCUAAUGGGGGAGAGAGGAAAUCAAAAAGGCAAGGUGCCAAUUACCUACUUAGAACUUCUCAAUUAAAUAGGGAGACCAUGAAAGAUUGCCCCUCAUGACACCAUAUUUAUAUACAGUAACUCUAAAGCAGGUUUAAGUAUCUUUCGUGUUAAUGUCAUAAGGGACUGAAAAAGAAAAUUUACAAGCCAUCAGAAACUGGCAGUUCUGCCAACAAAAUCGCAUGGUUAAUACUUCAUUACAGAUUUAUGUUAGAGAUUUCAUGACAAGAAUGUUUUCUUACACAGUUCUCUUUCUACCGAGGUUUCACUAACAAGCAACUUCUACUUUUGAGCCCCAAUUUAAAAACAAAAGGAUUGUUUUCUACCGAAUUUUUCAUUAAUGGCAAACUUUUUCUUUUAUGCAAAAUAAAUUUAUUAUGCAUGAUUCUAGUGACUCAUUUUUUAGGUACAAUAGCCAAAGAAUAAAGUAAAAACUCAUUUUUACCUUGCUGCCCAAUAGGAAUCAGAUGACUUAAAUACUGUGCGUUAGCUGGGUCUCCUGGCUUUGGAGUUUUGUUUUCAUUUGGUUUGGGUUAGUUUUGUUUAUUUUUAAAGCACUACUUGAAAGUCUCUUUUAAACCUAAGUCCUUGAAAAAUAUUACUUUAUUUCAUAAUGUUGUUAAGGUUGCAGAACACUGGGGACAAAUACAUUCACUAAGAAUAAUCCUGACAUUUUUCAGUUGGCACAAUUUGAUGCAUCAGAAAUGCAACCAUUGAGAACAUACUACACUGCAGUAAAGAUUUGUUAUUACGCAACAAAUGUGUGCAAAAAUAAGAAUUAGUGGAGUAGCUCUCACUAUAGUGUUAACUGUACGCAGUGAGUGUGGUGUAUCUUCACUGAGUCUCUGGUUAUGAAAUAUAACCCUCUGGAAAUACUAAUGACACAUUGGAAGCCAGAGAAUUGUUCUGAGGACCAUACUAUAUAUACAUUAGCAAUUGUUGCUAUAAAUUGCUAGUUGAGAAAUUCUUUUGUUAGGUCUUCAAUCCUCAUCGUUCUUCCAUGUAUCCAUCCAUUCAAGAAACAUUUGUGGAGGACCAGAUACUUUGUUGAUCAACCAAGUGUAGUGCUAUGAAGUGCUAAAGAAGACAGAAAACUUAACCUAUAACAGGACUAAUACUGUGAUGGAAGAACUAGAAAGUACUGUGUUAGGAACUGCCUCAGAUCUAAGAAGUCAGAAGUAGACCCAGGUAGAAAGAAAAAGAUGAACUGGGCCUGGAACCAAGAGAGCUCAAGUUUCUUCAGAUUAGCUUAACAAUUAAGUUCAAAAGUGUAAUUCAUUUUAUUUAUUCAGAGACUCUUGAAUUGUAAACUUUUCAAUUCUAAGAAGGUGGAUAUUUAAAUGGCAGUUGUAAACGUCCAUUUGUGCUAAGAGUGCCUAAGAGCUCGGUAAACAUGGAAAAUGUAGUUCUUGGUGCCAACUUUAACAGCCCCUUUAUUUCUAUGUGGAAAGAUUCAUUCUUCUGAAGUUUUAUAGUUGGGUAGGGCUCUGAUUCACACUGAAUUACAUACUUAUAUAACUCCAAAAGCUGCUCAAGAUGGGAUCAAGUGAAUGAAGCUUUUUUUAAUACCAUCUGUUAGAUUUGUCCAAAUUUAGGUUUUAAGGAACUAUAAAAUUUUGGGUGAAUUUAAAUAGCAUCUUUAGUUCAGCAAAUUUAGUUUUGGAGAGAUAGAACAGUACAGAAGAAAAUAUAAAUAUGGAGUGAAUUGAUCCUGAAUUCAUAUCCUGCCUUUCUCCCAUAGUGCGCUCCUUGGGUUUCAACUCAGAUUUAUAACUACCAUUUUUUUUAAAGGUAAAAUUGAGGUAAUAGUUAUGUCACCUAAUAGGAGACUCUUUCACAAGUGUUUGUAUCUUUUGCUCUUAAGUGAAAACCUAGCACAUAGUAAACAUUUUAUAAAGACAGAUGCCACUUUCCAGUCCCUGUAGCUAGCUAGCUUCUUGACACAUGGUGUGCGAGCUUUGUGACUGGACUAGAGGAACAUCGCUCACACCUGUGCUGUGCUUAGUCCCUGUCAAGUCUGCUCUCCACCCACUUCAGGUCCAGCCAGAUCCAGUUCUCCCCGCCGUACUCAGUGUGAGGACUGUAGCGGGGGCCUUCUGCUUUCCAUCAGCAGUGUUGGCCCCUGGGGCUGCACCCAGCUACCAUAGGAUUCGUAUGGUAGCACUAAAGAAUCAGAGGCUCCUUGUCCCUUUGUAUACCACAAGUCCCCCAUAUUCUUUAGGCAUGGUCUUCUAUUUUUAUUGUAUUUUUAUUUUAUUUUAUUUUUUAAUGAGGUUGUAUUGUUUGGUUGGGUGUUUUGAUUAAUUUUGGUUUUGAUUUAAAGUUACAAGUUUAGUUUUUGCUCAGGUAAAGGCCCAAGGAGAUUGUUAGGCAUAGAAGAAAGCUCUUGGAAAGCCUAUUAAUUCAUGGUGCAGUUCAGAGUUAUGUAAACAAACCCUUGGCCCCUGAGUGUAAUUCAAUAACACAGUAUUGAGUGAAGGGUGCAUAUAUUCAUGAAAUAAUAAACAAGGAGGUAUUUAUAGGUUCUCCACAAACUGAAAAAGAAAUGGAUUUUAUCCACCUUUGUCCUUAAAGUAAUAUAGCCCACAGGGUUAUAGUUAAAACAUUUUCAUGGUGCUAAUAAAAAAAAUUCAUAUUGCAGAUUAGGUUCCUAAAGUGAGAAUGCACCUCACUCUGGGGAACAAGGAAAGUACCUAGGGCCAGCAUCCCCAAUAUGAUCCAGCCCAUCCUCCAGUCUGGGGUUAACCGUCAGAUAACAGGAACAAAGGGACUAGUGUUCGAAGGCUGCUUCCCAGUACAGUGUAGCAGGGAAAAGAUGACAGGGUGAGACAGGAGACUUGUUGUGCAGAGUCUUAACAGAGUACUACACUUUGUUGACACAUGUCCCUGGAAAUCCACUUGUUUAUCUCCCCAAUACCUGAAAGUUUGCAAUGAGUUGCCAGAGUGAAGAACGGUCAAGAGGAGAACAGCUGCCAGCCAGCUCUGCUCCAGGCUCUCCUUCGCUGCAUGGCACUCCUCUCCCCAUGAAACUCUGAAGUUAAGGAAAGUGCCAGGCUUUCCUUCUCCACUUUGUCCUGGAGUACAAGACCCCAAACCAGCAGUAUCAGCAUUGCCCGGAACCGUGUCAAAAUGCUGAUUGCUGUUUUCAAAUAUCCUACCUUAUUUAUACUUUUGUCUACAUGGGCCUGUGGAAUUAGUAGUGUUAAUGUUCUCUGUGACAGGUUUCUAAAUGUUUUAAGACAAAAGGAAUUUUACUUUCUUUAUUAUGUUCUAUUAGUUGUAAUUACGUUGUUUUUAUAAUUUAUUUAUUUAGCAUGUACCUGACACUCUAGAAUGUAGCCUAAGAUAGCGACUUUAAUUCUGUUAAUCAUAAAUUACUCUUAGCACACAGCCUGACUCUUGGUAUGUGCUCUAUAAAUACAUGUUGGGUAAAAGGAAAAAACUGCUAAUACCUGUGUCUUACCCCACACGAUCUACUGAGCCAAAUUCUGGAAACAGGGCCCCCAGUUGUACAGUAAGCCUUUCGUGUGAUCCUGCUGCAGUCAUGUUGCAAAACACUGCAGAGCUAACAGAGAAGGCCUUCCACCCUCAGGCACCUGCAAUUUGUCAUAUCUUGGAAACGUCCCCUUGCCUUCUGUAAGCCUUACCACCACUCUAAUGGACUGAGAUACUUUCAGACCAGUCUUAAAAGUGGGUAUGAAGGUGGAAGGAUGCAUUUAGUGUUAGUAAAAAGUAUUGCUUAGAAUGCCAGGAACUGGGUGCCAUAUAAGGUCUCUAGGAAUGUGGACCCAUCUGUCUAAAGCAGCGGUUCUCAACCUGUUUUUGCAACCCCUUUGGGGAUCAAACAACUUUUUCACAGUGGUCGCCUAGGACUAUCUACAUAUCAGAUAUUUACAUUACAAUUCAUAACAGCAGAAUUACAGUUAUGAAGUAGCAAUAAAAUAAUUUUAUGGUUGGGAGUAUUUGCAACAUGAAUAAUUGUAUUAAAGGGUCGCAACAUUAGGAAGGUUGAGAACCACUGGUCUACAGAAAGAUGAGUUUUAACCACCUCACUUCCACACAGUGCCUUUGAACUGGUGUUUAGCAUCAAAACACCCAGACAAACCAGUAAAGCAUAUAGACUAACGUAUCUACAUCUCUGUACCUCAGGUUGCUAAGCUGUACUUAUUCCUACAUCAAAGUAUAGACUUUUUAAGAAUUGUUAAUGCUUUUUUAUUAAUACAAGUCAAAAAUGCUGACAAAAAGAAAAAAUUUAGAGGUAAAGAAAGAAAAAUGACCUACAAUUUCAACAUCUGAGGAGAGGUGCUGUGACAGGCGUGUGGCCUCAGACUGCACGUUUAGAGAUUUUUUUAAUGGGAUCAAUUGUCCAUGCUGUUUUGUAACUUUCUCACUCAACAGUACCAUGACGGUCUUGCUGUGUCAUAUGUAUUUCUACAUUUUUAAUGACUGCAUGCUGUUUCUUCAUAUGUGCCACAUUUUAUUGAACUACUGUUGAAUUUUUAGGUUUCCAGUUUUCACUAAUAAACUGCUUUGAAGAACAUUGUGCUAUUAA